GCCGUGCGCGGCUCACACAAACUUUCUGCUGGCCAGAAGGGGGAGGCAGUGCCGCGUAUAGAAGCGCCAGCAGCCAUGCCGGUGGGCAGCCUGUUGCCGUUCAGUGUGGCCCCGCUGGGGUCGGGGAGCGGAGCCGUGGGCGGGCCCGGCGGUUCGACCCCGGGAGGCGGAGUGUCCGGGCUGCACUGGUUGGGCCCCGCGGGAAGGAAGCUGUCCGGGUUCCGACUUACCGAGAAGUUCGUGCUACUGCUGGUCUUCAGCGGCUUCAUCACCCUGUGCUUUGGGGCCAUCUUCUUCCUGCCCGACUCGCCCAAGCUGCUAAGCGGCGUUUUGUUUCAGCCGCCCUCGGCGCAGCGCUCCCCGCUCGGACCUACGGACCAGGAGGAUGGGGGGCGCCUAGCCAGGAUCCGGGAGGAACAUGAGAGGGCGCUGCGGGAAGCCAAGGACACGCUGAACCGGCCCAUCGAGGAGAUCCCAAGGGAUAUCCAACGGGACAAGGAGAAGUUACUGGCACAGGGCAGGGUGACAGCCGGAGCAAAACUGCUACCCAGACCCUUUAAGGAGCCUUUAGGAGCGGUGGGGGGAGAGCCCAGUGAUCCCGCAGUGAAGGACAAGAGGGACAAGAUCAAGGAGAUGAUGAAGUUUGCCUGGGAUAAUUAUAAACGAUAUGCCUGGGGAUUAAAUGAACUGAAACCUGUAGUAAAACAAGGGCAUUCCAGUAAUUUAUUUGGCAACAUCCAAGGAGCAACAAUUGUAGAUUCUCUGGACACACUGUUCAUCAUGGGCAUGAAAGAGGAAUUCAAGGAGGCUAAGGAAUGGGUUGAUAAAAACCUAGAAUUCAAUGUGAAUGCAGAAGUCUCAGUCUUUGAAGUCAAUAUCCGUUUCGUAGGCGGUUUGUUAUCUGCAUAUUAUCUUUCAGGGGAAGAGAUCUUCAGAAGAAAAGCAGUGGAACUGGGAGAGAAACUACUGCCUGCUUUCAAUACUCCAACAGGAAUUCCUUGGGCACUGCUAAAUGUCAAAAGUGGGAUUGGUCGGAAUUGGCCUUGGGCUUCAGGAGGCAGCAGUAUCCUGGCAGAAUUUGGAACACUUCACUUGGAAUUUGUCCAUUUAACUGAGAUAUCAGGAAACCCAGUAUUUGCUGAGAAGGUAAUGAAUAUUCGAAAAGUGUUAAAUCGAUUAGAUAAACCCCAAGGACUUUAUCCAAACUAUCUGAACCCAAGCAGUGGGCAGUGGGGACAGCAUCACGUGUCAGUGGGAGGACUUGGUGAUAGCUUCUAUGAGUAUUUGCUAAAGGCAUGGCUUAUGUCGGACAAGACUGAUGAAGAAGCCAAGAAGUUAUAUUAUGAUGCUGUUCAGGCCAUUGAGACUCAUUUAAUCCGUAAAUCUAGUAAUGGCUUGACAUACAUUGCUGAGUGGAAAGGUGGUCUCCUUGAGCAUAAAAUGGGCCAUUUAACAUGUUUCGCUGGUGGCAUGUUUGCACUUGGGGCUGAUGGUGCACCAGAUGAUAAAACAGGACAUCAUAUAGAAUUGGCUGCAGAGAUUGCACGGACCUGUCAUGAAUCUUAUGAUCGCACAGCAAUGAAGCUGGGACCAGAAGCUUUCAGGUUUGAUGGAGGAGUUGAAGCUAUUGCUACCAGACAAAAUGAAAAAUAUUAUAUUUUGCGACCAGAGGUGAUAGAAACUUAUAUGUAUAUGUGGAGAUUUACACAUGACCCAAAAUACAGGCAAUGGGGCUGGGAAGCAGUAGAGGCAUUAGAAAAAUUCUGCCGUGUAGAAGGAGGCUUUUCUGGAGUCAGAGAUGUUUACGCUACACACCCAAGCCACGAUGAUGUGCAGCAAAGUUUUUACCUUGCAGAGACACUCAAAUAUCUCUACUUAUUAUUUUCGGACGAUGAGCUUUUACCAUUAGAACAUUGGAUUUUCAACACUGAGGCGCAUCCAUUGCCCAUCAACCGAAAAACUGACAGAACGAAAGAAGGCUUGGCUGAAUAAACGCAAUUCCAAUUGCUUUCUUUAAACUUUUUAAUUCACUGCAUUCCUUCAGUAGUCCAUUUGACUGAUUUCAGGAGAUACAUCCUUAUUCAUGUCAAAGAUUUUACCUGAAGUUGUGUUCCAACAUUUGCAGUCUGUCAUGUUUACUUCAAGAUUCCUGGAUGAUUCUAGAGCCAUUCCGUUGUGAUCUUUCAACUGAUUGUGAAUUGAAAGCACCUUUCCCUCGUGGACAUUCCAUUUAGUUAGACAAUCAUCACUUGCCAUAUAGAAGAGAACGGUCUGCACUUUGUUACCAUUUCUUUCCUUUCAUUUGACUGCAAAGAUCUUUCCUCCUCUAUGAGGAGAUUGUCUGCUUUAUGCUGUAAUAUUUUGCCAUGUUGCAAAAAGCCAUAAAGAAUAGUAUAAAAGAACCUUUUUUUUUUUCCUUUCCAGUUAUAUGUGAAUCUGAUUUGUCUGAAAUUCUUCUAAGACAAAUUGUGUAACUGUGACACCUUUCCUAUUAUGCGGGUUUUCUUUGCUAAAUUGUUCAGAAGAAUUUCGUUUUUAUUGAAAGUGGGACAAAAAUAACUUGAUACCAUGCAGGCGUUACUCUAUUUUUUUUGGCAAUUAUCUUUGUUUUCUUGCCUGUGUUAAGCGAUUAGUGACCUGAUCAAUUAUAUUAAGCUGUUCUGAAAGUAUUUUGAAUAUAAAGGUUUAGAAAUAUCUAUAUAUCUGAUCUAUAGACAAUCCAGGUUGUGCAAAUAAAAUUUUUAAUAUGUUCAAAUUAUUUUUCCUAGGGAAAGAUUGCUCAUCCUUUGUAGCUGAAAAUCAUUUCAUUUCAAAUUGUGUAUCUGCUCUAAGCAUCGAAAUGUCUGUGGAACCCCUACAUUUAAAUAUUGUAAAUGAUGUUAAGGCUAAGUUGGAUAUUUGAAAUAAGGGGGUUUGAUAAGCCUG